ACUAACGCUUAAAAUUUUGAUUUGGUUUGGUUUGGUUACGACGACGAGGCUUUUAGUUUUUGUAAUCUGAUAUGAUGUUUUUUGUCCUGAGAGUUUCUUUUCCUUUUCAACCCCUUAACUUUAUAGUAUUUAUUUUUGCUCCCUUAUUUUAAAAUAAUGAUGUCUUUUAGUGUUUUUCUUUCUCAAACUUCCUAUUUUAUUAAAUCAAAAUUUGGCAACAUUAUUCCAAAACAACUCAAUUUAUCUAUGUCAAAAAUAAAAUGUUCUCACGUUCUAACCUCUUUUACUAAGGGGUCAGCAUGGACAUUACUAGUCCUAGAAAUAUGAACUAUGCUAAUAAAACUCAGAGUAAUCUAAAACGAAACGAUUCUAGCUAGUUCAAACAUAUCGACUAAAUUUAAACCGUCUGUUUAUUUGCAUAUUACGAAGAUACGAUGUUGUCUAAGCAGGCCCGUCUCAAUGUUUAUUUAGGCCUGAGCUGAAAAAAAUAUUAUGAUCUUUUUCUUUAAAGAAAAGUAAAGAAAUUGGACUCUUUUAUGUAAAAAAAAUAAUAAAUUUGAUCAAUUUUGGGUUCUAGUCUAAGCUUAAAAAUUAGAAAAUUUGUAAUGGGCCAUGUGCAAAUGCACUCCUAGCACAGGGCCAGAGCCGGGCAUGUGUCUAAGAGCACCAUUAUCGCACAAAUCAUUUUGGGUUUCUUAUUUUGCUUUCUUUUUAAAAGAAAGAACCAAUCGCGGACCGCUACGUGUCAGUGGGAUCCGCAAACAGCACUAAAAAAAGACCAAAAACAUCUCAUAUCUCGCUACUUCUACAUACGUUUUUAAUGAACUCUACAGGACCCAUACCUUAAAACUCUUGUUAGUAUACGACGAUAAUGGUGCUCUAAAGUAGUCAGUUAUAAUAUAUAUAUAUAUAUAUAUAUAUAUAUAUGAUAUACCUCAGUAGUUAGUCAAUUACUUUUCAGAAAUUGAUAGCAGUACACCUCAACAUACAUUUAAUUAGUCAUAUACCCUUAAGUUUUGAGUCACAUUAUCAUUCAUAUUUUAGUCUUGUGACAUAUCUUUCCUAUGAUUCUCACUUUUUGUUUUAUCUGCCAAGUCCACUGGUAUCCUACGCACCUAUUAAUAGUUUUUUAUGUGUCAGAUAAAAAAAUUUCUUAAUUCUUUUUACUUUUCCAAUCUCUUUCUUCUCCAAACUUUUUUUUUGUAACACCCAAACUUGUUUUUUCUUUUCUGUAUUUCUUCUCCAAAGCUCUAUUUCUUUUUUCAAAGUGCCAUUCAUUACAAAUUAUGAUGUGAUUCAUUUUUCUUCCAUUCUCAAGUACAUAAAAUAUCAAUUUUAAGUUCUCUUAUUUUAUCGAAAUAACCAUAAGUCUUCACUAUCUCGUCAAUUGAGAAACAUCACCGUAUAAUAAUUCUAACACUACUGAAAUGUUGAACUCCUCAAUCAGUGACGUGUAAAGACAAAAUAUCUACAAAAAUGAUGGUAUUUGUUUGAGAGGCGACGAUUUCCAGAUCCAAACAUUUUAUUGCCACCGUAACUAACGAUUCCGCAACGAGGUUUUUAUCUGACAUGAUAAAAUUAGUCGUUAUCACGGAUGAGUUCGUGAAACACGGCGAAGGAAUUUCAGGUUCUUAUUGUGGUGGUUAUGGUCAUGAAAUCGUCGAUCCGAAUAUAUGUUUAGUUAGUUGCUACAAAAUUGUUAUUAGACGAUACAAAUUUUGUUAACUGAUACAAAAUAUUAUAAAAUAGGUUCAAUAAUAAGGGUUGUUAACCGAUACAUACGAUGUUAACUGCUACAAACUUGGUUACAAAGUAGUGAUCGUUAGAUGCUAUAAACAUGUAGCCUAUGUGUAACUAACAAGAUAAUUUAUGGAAAAUCCAACAAAUUGGUUGACUGUAGAAUAGUGGGUCAUCACCAUAGUAGGCUUAUUAUUUAAUGUUUCAAAAGCAAACAUUAAAGUGUUAAGUUAAGAGAUUGUUAUUAGUUGGAAAGUGUAAAAAUAAAUGAGAAAUGAUCUAGAACAAAAACUUAACAUAUAUGUUCAUAUACUAUAAUUAACAUAAGCGUGUCUCUUCAGUAUAAUGUUUGCUGAAAAGUAAACCCGGUUCUUGAUUUAUCAUUUAAAAUAAAAUUUUAAAACUAACUUCUAUAUAUUAAAAACUUAAUUAAAUCAAACUAAUUUGGAGCAUGAAAUGUUAUUUUGUGUUGUAUUUGAAUACUAUUGUAAUUAAUAUUUAAAUCGAACUAAUUUGAACGAUGAUACUUAUACAUGUCAUGAUUUAUCAUGUAAUUUCAGACGGUAAAAAAAUAUUCUACAAUUUUAAAAGAUGAUUUAUCACUUUUUGGUUUUGUAUAACCGGAUUUGGUUCAGUGUAUUCUGGUAUGUUUUUUUUGCAUUGUUGUCUUGCUGAUAUUGUCAUGUACUUAUAAUUUAUAAGACUACAUGCAAUGAGGUAGUUGAAUUAUAAAUUCAACAGUUGAAGGCGUGCAAUGAGCAUGUUGUAUGAAAAGAAAAGCAUACGUGGAUUUCUCUCCGUUGAAUUUAUUCAACCAGUUGAAUGGAGAAAAAGUGGACCUCUAACGACAUGUGGCGAUGACUUAGUGGUUGUCAAAUCUUUCUCUCGAGUCAUAUCGAUGGUGCUCCUCUCAAGUGGUUAUUUAUUUUGAUUUUGUGAGUGUGUCGUCAUAUCAAUAAUCUCUCUUCUCACUAGCUCAUCAUUUUUGAUAUAUAUAUAUUUUUAACACACAUUUUUGGUAUUUCAAAAGCAACAUAUAACUGACUGAAACUUUAAAACCGCACUAUGGACAAUAACUAGCAUUUUUUUCUUUCGAAAAAAUACUUGAACAUUUAAUGAAAUAAUUUUUUUUUUAUGUAUUAAUUUCAAUUUUUUGAAAAAGUUUCUUUCAUAAAAAUUUAACAGCUAGAACAUGUUUGAAUUUUAAAUCUAUUCUAGUAAAACAAGAUCAUGUCUAAUUGAUAUAUGUAUGGUUUAAUUAUGUAUUUCAUUUAUCUAAUUGACUUUUAUAUCUAUUCUAUUAAUAUUGAACAAAAAUGUGAUUACAAAAAACCUAAAUAAAAAUUAAAAUUUUCAGAAAAAAAUUAAACAAAAAAAUACCCGCAAUUGGAAAGAGUGGAUCAUAAUCUAGUAAAUCGUUAAAAUAUAGUAUCAAAUAAAUAUGUUACUUAAAAAAAAAACUGAACCGAAGGACAAUAACUAGCGUUUUUCUUUCAAAAACCUCUAUCUUGUAUCCAAUGUGUAAUUAACAAGAUAAUUUAUGGGAAAUCCAACAAAUUAGUUGAAUGUAGAAUAGUGGGUCAUCACCACAGUAGGGUAAGUAUUUAAUGUCUCAAAAGCAAACAUUAAAGUGUUAAGUUAAGAGAUUGUUAAUAGUUGGAAAGUGUAAAAAUAAAGGAGAACUGGUUUAGAACAAUAAUUUAACAUAUAUGUUCAUAUACUAACCAACAUAAGCUUGUCUGUUCCAUAUAAAAAUUUCUGAAAAGAUCAACCCGGUUCUUGAUUUUUUAUUUAAAAUAUAAUUUUAAAACUAAUUUCUAUAUAUUAUAAACUUAAUUAAAUCAAACUAUUUUGGAGCAUGAAAUGUUCUUUUUGUGUUGUUUUUGAAUACUAUUUUAAUUAAUAUUUAAAUCAAACUAAUUUGAACGAUGAUACUUAUACAUGUCGUGAUUUAUCAUGUAAUUUCAGCCGGUAAAAAAAUAUUCUACAAUUUUAAAAGAUGAUUUAUCAUUUUUUGGUUUUGUAUAACCGGAUUUGGUUCAGUGUAUUCUGGUAUGUUUUUUUUUUGCAUUGUUACAUUGCUGAUAUUGUCAUAUACUUUAUAAGACUAUAUGCAAUGAAGUAGUUGAAUUAUAAAUUCAACAGUUGAAGGCGUGCAAUGAGUCUGUUGAAUAAAAAGAAAAACAUACGUGGAUUACUCUCCGUUGAAUUUAUUCAACCAGUUGAAUGGAGAAAAAGUAGACCUCCAACGACAUGUGGUGAUGACUUAGUGGCCGUCAAAAUCUCGAGUCAUAUCGAUGUUUCUUCUCUCAAAUGGUUAUUUAUUUUGAUUUUGUCAGUGUGUCAUCUAAUCAAUAAUCUCUCUUCUCACUGGCUCGUCAUUUUUGUUAUAUAGUUUUUUAACACACAUUUUUGGUAUUUCAAAAGCAACAUAUAACUGACUGAAAUUUUAAAACCGCACUAUGGACAAUAACUAGCAUUUUUUUCUUUCAAAAAAGCACUUGAACAUUUAAUGAAAUAAUUAUUUCUUCUUAUGUAUUAAUUUCAAUUUUUUGAAAAAGUUUCUUUUAUAAAAAUUUAACAGCUAGAACAUGUUUGAAUUUUAAAACUAUUCUAUUAAAACAAGAUCAUGUCUAACUGAUAUAUGUAUGGUCUAAUUAUGUAUUUCAUUUAUCUAAUUGACAUUUAUAUCUAUUAGAUUAAUAUUAAACAUAAAUAUGAUUACAAAAAAAAAUUAAAUAUAAAAAUUAAAAUUUUCAGAAAAAAAUUAAUUACAUCAAGAUCUCCAUGGAAGUUAUGUUGGCUUACAUACCUACUGCUGGUGAAACAAUCAGCAAAUUCAUUAAAAGUACUUUGGAAACCUCGGUAUCUUCUGAGGAGGUUUUCCUACCCAAGGUUGCUGACAGAGGAAGAACAUGAGAGAAAAAGAAAGAUUAUACUAUUCAACAACUUUAUUUACUUGAAAUACAAGAAAAAUAAAUCAUCCAACAUAUUACUUGUGCAGCAUGGAGAUUUGAGGAUUAGUUGAUGGACAAGUAGUUGGCAUCUCGAUCAAACAGAUGCUGCAGAAAAACAAAUAGUCCACAACUUUUGGGAUGCUAUUUUUAUUUCAAUGAAUAUCAGGAUUUGUGUUCCACGUGACUCUUUAUUUAACGACUCUGGUUAUGUUCCAUUGAGUUUUAUGUUUAUGUUAUUGUUUCUUCGAUUUCAUGACACCAGUUUAUUAGUAGAUUUUACAAGAUUCUGGUUCUCAUUUCAGCUAUUUUUAGGAUUUUGAUUUUAGAGAUUUCUAGGAUUAUGGUUUUGCUAGAACACACGCAAGAAGACUCUACGUGUGUCUUAAGAUGUUGGAUUCAUAUGAUUCUGAAAAAUAAGAUACUUCAAAUGACUUCAUCAUUUUUUUAUGUUUUGUCACUCGUGUGAUAUUAGCAGUAGAAAUCUGUUGGUUGAGGAAAUGUCAUUUCUUGACUAUGAGGUAUAAUUUAAAGCAAUAUUAUACAACACAGUGGAUGAUGCUUCAACCAUUUAAACAAAUCAAAAAGUAUAUUAUAAAAAUUUAACAACCAGAUCAUGUUUGCAUUUUAAACAUAUUCUAUUAAAACAAAAUCAUGUCUAAUUUAUAUAUGUAUAGUCCAAUUAUGUAUUUCAUUUAUCUAAAAGACUUUUAUAUCUAUUAUAUUAAUAUUAAACAUAAAUUUGAUUACAAAAAAAUGAAAUAUAAAAAUUAAAAUAUAUCCACUUUUUGAAAAGGCGGAUCAUUAUCUAGUAAUUAGUUAAACAAUAGUAUCAAACAAACAUGUUACUUAUUUUUUUAAAUGAUUCCAAAGACAAUAACUAGCAUUUUUUUCUUUCAGAAAAGCUACAUCUUGUAGACUAUGUGUAAUUAACAAGAUUACUUAUGGGAAAUCCAACAAAUUGGCUGAAUGUAGAAUAGUGGGUCAUCAUCAUGGUAGGCUAAGUAUUUAAUGUUUCAAAAGAAAAUAUUAAAGUGUUAAGUUAAGAGAUUGUUAUUAGUUGAAAAGUGUAAAAAAAAAGGGAAAAUGGUCAACAACAAAAAUUUAACAUGUAUAUUCUAAUACUAUAACCAACUUAAAUUUGUCUCUUUAGUACAAUGUUUGUCGAAAACUUAACUCAGUUCUUUAUAUAUCAUUUAAAAUAUAAUUUUAGAACUAUUUUCUAUAUAUUAAAAAACUUAAUUAAAUCAACUAAUUUGGAGAACGAAAUAUUAUUUUUAUGUUUUUUGAAUACUAUUGUAGCUAAUAUUUAAAUCAAACUAAUUUGAACAGUGAUACAUAUACAUGUCAUGAUUUAUCAUGUAACUUCAGCUGGUAAAAAAAUAUUCUACAAUUUAAAACAUAAUAUUUUCCACUUUUUUUUUGUUUAUGUUUGUUUUCUUGGUGUUGAAAUUUUUCGUUAAUAUUUUUGUGGCAAACGUUUAAAAAGAUUUCAUGAUUGAUUCAAACCAACAUAAACAUAGAAAAAACAUCUCAUGAUUUAUCAUGUAACUUCAAACGGUAAAAAAUUAAUCUAUGUUACAAUGAUGACAUUUUCACUUUCUUUGUUUAUGUAUGUUUUCUUGAUGUUGAAAAUUUUCAUUAAUUUCUUUAUGGCAAAAGAUUUUAACAGAUUUUCUUUAGAAAAGAAACCAUAAACUCCAACUUUCACGAUUCAAAAGAUUUUAUAAUAUAGUUUAAUGUUUCUAGUGUGUUCUUCUUGGUUUUCAUCUUAUCAAAGUAGGUCCACGAUGAGAAAUUUAUUAAGGGUUUAUGGUUUUGAUUUGUCUUAUUGCUUUCAUUGUGUCACUACAUAUCAAUAGUGUUGAAGAGUUGAAAAACCAUCAACCCAACACAAAUUUUGGUGUCAUUUUGGAAGCGUUUCAUGAUUUGAAAUUAUUUAGAGAAUGAAAUGUUAUUUUCUAUAUUGUUUUUUGAGUACUACAGUAAUCAAUUUUUUAAUCAAACUACUUUUUAAAAUUUUAUGAUAAUUCUAGCAAUGCGAGCUACAUCUUUUUUGGAAUUUGUUUCUCAUGUUAAUUUUGAUGCUAAACUUUGUGAGUUGUGCAUUUAAGUUAAAGAUUUCAACCCGACCUAUAAAAUGAUAAACAAAAUUUGAGCACAUCAAUAAACUGUGUGUACACAUUCCCAAGAAAAUGAGACAAUGUUCAAACUUGAGAAAUAUUAAAAAGCUUAAACUGCUCUAGUAAGUACAUGUGAUUAAAAUUAUUAUUAUCUUGUGUUUAUUAUUUUAUCAUUUGUCUGGCAAGAAUUACAUUCAUAUAUCUGAAUGUACAUAUAUUUUUACAUGUCCUUGUGAACAUAUCUAAUGAACGCUAUCUAUGCUCAAUGAAAUUAUCAAAUUGUUGACCCAAGAUUUCAUUAGUUAGUGGCUUAUGUUCUCUAGAUAGUGUCAAAAUAAACUUUUAGUCCAUAACUGAUUCAAAACUCACUAUAAUAUUAGCAACAUUGAGUGUAUUGAUUCCUUGAAUGCAUAAUUCACAUGUGUUCGAUAUGCACCUAUAACCAAGAGAAGGAUACAUGUUUUUAUUUUCUUAAUUUUGGUAAUAUAUACCCUUUAGAUGAUUUCGGUUUAUACAUAUUUCUUGUUUUUUCUAAUAAAUUAUAACUUACACCGUAGUGUUUGAAAAAUGUGGAUUAGCAAAAGAUUAUAAGAAUUCAUUUGAGAGAUCAAGAUUACCAUUGUAAUGUUCAGUUAACAUAUUAUUUAUCAUCAUAUAAUUAAUUGGUCCUUUACGAGAGAAUCCAUUGAAUUUGAUGAUUACUUUAGCAAUGUGAGGUACAUUUUUCUAUUUUCUUUUGUUAGUUUGUUUUAUGGUUAUAAUGAAAUUUCUUAUGGUAAUUUUGAUGCUUAACUUUGUGAGUUGUGCAUUUAAGUUCAAGAUUUCAACUUGUCCUAUAUAAAUAUAAUUUCUUUCUUGUGCAAAUCAAUAAAUUUUGCAUACACAUUUCUAAGAAAAGAAGAUAAUGUUCGAAUUUGAGAAAGUUUUAAAAAGUCUAAACUGCUUCAAUAAGUAAAUGUGAUUAAAAUGAUUAUAUGUUGUGUUUAUUAAUUUGUCAUUUUCUUUGCGGGAGUUACAUUCACAUUUUCUUCAUGAUUUUUUAAAAGGUUGAUUUUGUUGAUACAUAUUUUUAUAUUUAUAUAAAUUUUAAAGGCCCUUGUUGACAUAUCCAAUGAAUGUUUAUCCAUGUUCACUGUGGUUAUCAAAUUGGUUGAUCCAAAAUUUCAGCAGUUGGUGGCUUAUGUUCUUCAAAUAGUGCCUAAAAAUCUUACAACUCAUAAUUGAUUCAAAACCUCACUAUAAUAUCAGAAACAUAAAGUCUAUUGGCUCUUUGAAUGCAGGGUUCACACAUGUUCGAUAUGCAUCUAUAACCAAGAGAUGAUAAACAUUUUUAUCUUACUUAAUUUUGGUAAUAUAUACCUUUUAGAUAACUUUCGGGUUAUAUAUGUUUCUUUUAGGUUACUUAAUUUUUAUAAUGAAUUAUUGCCUACAUCGGAAUGUUUGAAAAAUGCAGAUUGACCAAAGAUUAUGACAAUUGAUUUAAGAGAUCAAGAUGACACGGUAAUGUUUCGUUAGCAUUUUAUCUAUCAACAUAUAACUAAUUGGUCUUUUAUGAAAGAAUCAAUCAAGUGUUAUUUUUUGUUUGUAUGCUUCUUGAUGUGUGUUGGGACAUUGUCGUAAGUGAGCUAAUAUAGACUGUUAAACUCAUUGAAACCUAAUCAAGACACCAAAUAAGAUAUUCUAUUCUCAAGACUUGAUUGAAUUUAUAGAUCCAAUGAAACAUAACAAGAUAAGAAAAGGAAAAUACUAGUGAUAUACAUCGAAAUCUCACCAAUGGUUUCAAAUACAUUAUGGAGCAUGAAAUUCAACGAGGACUGACCAUUCAUAAGUUGUGCAAAAAUUUCAUGAUUGUUCAACCAAACAUGCAUUUAUCAAAGACUAUGUGAAGUUAAAUACUACUGAGGAUGCGCUUCUUCAUCUUGAACAUCGACACAUUAGAGCAGUUUUGACAUUGUUCUACUCUGAGUAAAAAAUUAUUGGAGACAAAAUAAUUAAAUUCUUUUGUUAAAAGAGUUUUUUUGUUGAUACAUAUAUAUGAAUGUACAUAUGUUUUUACAGGUCUGUGUCGACAUAUCAAAUAAAUGUCUAUCCAUGCUCAAUGAAAUUAUCAAAUUGGUUAACUCAAAGUAUCAGCAAUUAGCGGCUUAUAUUUUCUAGAUAGUGCCAAAAAAACUUUAGUCCAUAACUGAUUGAAAACAUCCCCAUAGUAUCAUAAACAUUGAGUGUCAUGACUCUUUCAAUGCAUAAUUCACACAUGUUUAAUAUGCACAUAUAACCAAGAGAUAGAUACACAUUUUUAUUUUACUUAAUUAUGGUAUUAUAUACUCUUUAGAUUAUUUCAGCUUAUACAUGUUUCUUAUUUUGUUCUAAUGAUUGUAGCCUACACCUGAGUGUUUGAAAAAUGUGGAUUAGAAAAAUAUUAUAAGAAUUCAUUUGAGAAAUCAAGAUAAUCAUGGUAAUGUUUGUUUAUAUAUCAACAUGUAAUUAAUUAGUCUUUUAUGAGAGAAUCCAUUAGUAUUUUUUUUUUGUUUAAAUCAAACUACUAUUGAAUUUGACGAUUACUCUAGCAAUGCGACCUACAUUUUUCCGUUCUCUUUGUUAGUUUUUUUUAUGGUUAUAAUGACACUUCUUAUUGUAAUUUUGAUGCUAAACUUUGUGAGUUGUGCGUUUAAGUUCAAGAUUUCAACUUGUCCUAUAUAUAUAUAAUUGAUUUCGUGUGCAAAUCAAUAAACUGUAUGUACGCAUUUCUAAUAAAAGAAGAUAAUGUUUGAAUUUUGAGAAAGUAUAAAAGAGACUAAACUGCUACAAUAAGUAGAUGCAAUUAGGUGCACAAAAAAUAGAUGUAAUUAAAAUGAUUGUGUUGUGUUUUAUAAUUUCUCAUUUGCUUUGUGGAAGUUACAUUCAAAUUUUAUUCAUGAACUUUUUAUAGAAAACUUUAUUAUGUUGAUAAAUAUAUUUGAAUGUAUAUAUGUUUUUUAAGGUUUUCAUUGACAUAUCCAAUGAAUGUUUCUCCAUGCUUACUAAGAUUGUCAAAUUGGUACCCAAAGUUUCAGCAGUUAGUGCUUAAAAAAUCUUACAGUCCAUAAUUGAUUCAAAGACUCACUAUAAUAUCAGAAACAUUGUGUGUAUUGACUCAUUGAAUGCAGAGUUCACACAUGUUCGAUAUGCAUCUAUAACCAAGAGAUGAGUACACAUUUUUAUCAUACUUAAUUUUGGUAAUAUAUACUCUUUAGAUGAUUUGGGUUUAUACAUGUUUCUUGUUUUGUUCUAAUGAAUUGUAGCUUACACCAAAGUGUUUGAAAAUGUGGAUUAGCAAAAGCUUAUGAAAAUUCAUUUGAGAAUCAAGAUAAUCAUCGUAAUGUUUAAUUAGAAUUUUAUCAAUCAACAUAUAAUUAAUUGUUUUUUAUGAUAUAAUCACUUAAGUGUUUUUUAUGCUGAUAGAUAUGUGUUGAUACAUUGUCGUGAGUGAGCUAAUAUGGACUAGAAUCAUUGAAAUCUAAUCAAGACUACAAAUAAGAUAUACUCUUCUCGAGACAUGAUUGAAUUUUUUGGAUCAAAUGAAACAAUAAAAAUAUAAGAAAAGGAAAGAAAAUUACUAUUCUAUACCUCGAAUUUCACCAAUGGUUUCAAAUAUGUUAUGCAGCAUGAAAUUUAAUGUGAAGAUGAAGACAAAUCGUAGGUCAUGUAAAAAGUGUUCAUGAUUAUAUCUCAACUAGACAUGCAUUUAUCAAAGAUUAUGUGAAAUUAAAUUCUAGUGAGGAUGUGAUUCUUCAUCUUGUACAUCGACCAAUUGAAGCAGUUUUGGCAUUGUUAUACUUUGAGAACAAAAACAUUGGAGACAAAAUAAUUUUUUUUUUGUCAAUGUAUGAUAUACAUCUACUUAUAAAUACUAACCUAUUAUAGUUUGCUUUUGUUUGUGAAAAGAUAUAUCGUGGACCUGUGAAUCUCAAGUCUACAUUUUAGAGAUUGUAUGCGGUUUCUCUAGUGAAAGUGGGCGAAGAAAAUAUAGAAAAUAUGUAGUUGCAAGAACUAGUCAUGAGGGUAAGUUUGGAUAUGGUGGCUACAUCGUGAUCUUCUUUGAAGUAAUGUUGGUUUACAAACCUACCCAUAGUGAAAAAAAAAAUCAACAUAUUUUUAGAAAUAUUUUGGUAAGACUAGUUUUCUUCUCAUAAGGUUUUUCUAACCAAAGUUAUUGACAGAGCCAAAGAAAAGAUUAAAAUAAGAUCUAUCAAGAUAAGUAAUUUUUAUAUCAUUAUCCAACAUCUUUUUUACUAUCCAACAUUUAUGUUUACUUUGAAUAACACUAUAUCAAGACAUGUAAGUUAUCCAACAUCAAACUUAUGCAAAAGUUGUGCAUAAUAGAGAUUUGAGGACCGAUUGAUGGAGAAUUAGUUAGUCAAUGUUGCAGAAAACAAGAAUGCAAGUCUUUUUGGAUGUUAUUUCUAUUUCAGUGAAUAUCACUAUUUUGUUGUGUUUCAAGUGACUUUUCUACGGUUUAUGUUGUUACAAUGAUUUUGGAUACCAGUUUAUAAGUGAUUUUUGAAGUUUUUGCUUCUCAUUUAAGUGAUUCAAGAUCCUGAUUGGCAUAAAUAUGUUAAUAAUAUACUUCUGCGAUCAUGUAUUGUACUAUAACUGACUGUUAUUACGAAGACUAGUAUAUCGAACAAAAAUAAACGAUAUUAAAGUUAAAAACGGAGAUUUAAAAACUUUCAAAGACAUCAACUUAUAAGUAGAUAAUUAAAAAAAAUAUACAAAAAAAAAACAGGGAUGAAAAAUAUUGGAUCGAAAAAAAUAUAUAUGUUGGAUCAGACUACCAGCUUUUUUUGUCAAUCCAACAUCUAAGGAGACAGGACGAAGCACAUAUUGCCUAAGUUCUUCUUCACGCAUGAUCUUCAGAAAGCCGGUGAGGUCCAAGUCGUCCAAGUGCGUUCCAGUGACAACUCAGUCGACAUGUUCACCAAAUCACUUCCUACCUGCACGUUCAGAAAGCUCACGCAUCAGAUUGGGAUGCGUUGACUGAAAGACCUUCAGUGAUGUUCAGAACAGGGGGAGUAAUACGUGUUGUACUCUUUUUCCUUCACCAUGGUUUUGUCCCACUAGGUUUUCCUCGUAAGAUUUUAAUGAGGCAACAUCUAAAGCGUAUUACAAUCCCUAUAUGGUUAUGGCAUCCAAUGGGAAGUGUUAUAAAUCAUAUUGUGGAUGUCCAUAACCGUUCCGAUCCAUAACCGACCCAAAAGAGAGAGAGAGAGAGAGAGAGAGAGAGAGGCUGGAAACCCUAGUCUCCCUUUUCCUUAUUAGUUUAUGAUUUGUACUCUUUCCAUAUUUGUAUUUCCUUUCUCUAGUCUUUCCAUUAUUCUAUGACCGUGUAAUUUCCUAUAUAUAAAGGACUCCUUAUGUUUAUGAAUAAUAUAUAAACAUACAGAUUAUAUUUUCUUGUUUCACAACAAAGUUAUGUAUGUUAUCACUGGAUAUGAAUUAUAUAGUAACAAUGUUUGCUAUUGAAGAAUAGUGGAUCUCAGCCCGAACUUUUCGGUAUUAUGUUUGAUAUCUAUAGCUACUUGUCUUACUUUGACGUUAUCUCUUGUACUUUCAUUUCUCAAAACGCUAAUUUGAGAGACUGAUCCAGUGGUAAAAUUAGCUUUUUCUUUGGUUGUAACCAUACCCCUUGUUGGGGUGUAAACUCUUCUAAAUAAUGCAUGUUGUUUGAUAAAAAAAAAAUAGUAACAAUGUUUGCUGUUCUAAUUCCUCAUGGUAUGGUCCAUUAAAAAGAAGGUCUGAAAUCAAAUUUGGACCGCAAAUCUUUCUUUUAGAAAUCGCGGACUGGGACACCUUCCUACCAGUGAUAAAAAAAAAGGGACACCUUCCUACAACAUGUCCGUCUUUUCUAAUCUAACGUACCAUAAGGCGAAGUCUUUUUUUUUUCUUUCUCAGUCCAUAUAAUAUAUAUUGAUCGAUUUUAUUGGUAAGCUAUAUUAGGGUGUGCAUGGCUCACAAAGGAAAAAAAAAAGAAACAUUCUUUUCGAAUCAUCAUGAUUUGAUUUGCUGGAUUAUGCUUCCCUUGGUCUUAGUUUUGUGUUCCAGAUUGCCCAAACUAGCACAUUUUAAUUAUAUUUUCUUCUCCUGCAUCCAUUCUAUAUGAUUCUUAAUUAGGGAUAUAAAUUUGCUUCCAUAAGAUAUGGAUUUACUCUAGUUACAAUACAGAAAUAAUAUGCAUGUGUGUAUAUAUUAGGCAAUAAAUUCGACCAUGUAUAAACUAUAUAAAAAAACGUUAUAAAAAUACAAUAAGAAUAUAUUUGAGUAUAAAUAUUUUAAAUGCAAUAUGUAAAGUUAUUUGAUUGUCUUAGAUAAAAUAAGUUAUUUAAAAUGAGUCAUGCAUGUAGAACAGUAUGCAUCAAUGAAAAUAAAACUGACAUUAAACCAAUUUUUAUAGUUUUAUCUUCUCACCUAUAUUCUCUGCUAACAUCUUUUUUUACAACACUAGACAUCUCACUUCUUUUAAUUAAUAUAUUCUAUUUUUUAAUUAAUAGCUAAAUUUGAAAUAUACAAUAUAAAAGCAUGCAUAAAAACACAAAAUCUAAUCAUUCUCUUUCAAAUCUUCUUCGGUAGAAGUACUAGAGAUUUUGAGGAAAUUACGAAAAUUCAUGCAGAGGUUACUACAUAUUUUGAGAGCUUUGUAGUAACCUCUUAAACAUCAUUCUUAAACCAAAAUUUUGGAACCUACAAAGCUCUCCAUGCAGAGGUUACUACAUCUACAUGUUUAUAUUCAUAUGACAAAAACUACAAUGACAAUAAUGUUAAGAAUAGCAACGAUAAUAAUACUAUGAAAAAUGAAACUUGGGUCCUACUCGAGGAAAACAAAAGCUACACUCGAUUAUGACAACUCCACCAAAGACCACCCCACUACCAGUUCACCUUUAUUUAUUUCUUUAUCAAUUCAAAAUCUUUUUGAUUUUUUAACUAAUCUAAUUAUUCUCCUCCCUCGUUGUUCUUGACCUUUUUAAUAUAAAAAAGGAAAGGAGGUACCUAGGGUUUCUCUCUCUGCAUGGCCAUUCUCGCUCUUCACAUCUCUUUUUUGGAACCACUGUAAACGUAUGCAAAAAAGCUUACAUGCUAAGAAAACUCUGUCCUUAUCGUUUCUCUAUAAAAUAUAUACAUCUACUUUACAUUAUGUGAAUCCAAGAAAUAUCCUUUCUCAUGAAAUACUAUAGUUUUCUUUCUUCCUAAGAAAAAUAUAUAAUACAUCCACUUAUAGGAAUCGGGAUCGCAUGGGAAGGGGAGUGAGUUAUCUACCAGGCUACCAACUUAGAUUUCACUUGUCUUUUGCUCAUUGAUUGACAAGAAAUAUACAGAAUAGUAGAAUACACAUAUAUCAUAUACUUUUUUGUUUCUUCAACCAAAUGUCGUAGUGAAGUUUGAUCAAAUUGUAUAUAUAGGGACUACAUAUUCUUAGUUGGAUAGACACAUUCUGUACUAAUCACUGCAAAUUCAUAAGUCAUAACUAAUAUAUUUUUGAAUGAAACCAAGUCAUUUAGAGAUAAAUUUAGAUAUUAGUCUUUAUGUAACAAAUACAAGCAAUCGUAUUAUCAAUUUAAUAUGUUCGAAUUUGGGUUUUGAUAUAAAUAAUAGAAUAUAUAUUAAUAGUACAUUCUAGAAAUUUUAAGCACAUAAUGUGAUAUUAAUAAUUUAAUGGUGUAUGCUAGUACCGUGUAAGUGUCACCACCCAGAUUUGAACCAAAUAUGUUGUUGGGAUAAAAGUUAUGGUCACACAUAAAAUUUAAGUAAAUUUCACAAUAACAUGUUCAAACAAUAAAAUGUAUAAACAUAUUAAGAUUCUACUUGCUUAAGCCGCAUGCCAAAUUACAACUACAACUUAGUAUAUAUGAUGUGUGAAGCAAUUCAUAUUUGAUCAUAUAACAUUGAUACAACCAAGAAACAAUGACGCACAUAUAGAUGAUACACUUGGAAAGAUAAGCACAUCUAGAUGUUUAAAUUGACAUUUACUUCCAAAAAGGUUAACAAGAAAUAAGAAGGUUUUGAUGAAAACAAAACAAAAAGAAACAAAGAGCGUAAGAAUAAUGGAAAUUUAAAGGAAAAGAAAAAAAAUAGAAAAUAAAUUAAAUAAGGAAACGUCAUCUCUUCUUUUUAUCUCUCAUUUAUAAGCUCCUCCCUUCUCUCUCUGUCUUUCUCUAGAUCACCUCUCUCUUAAGUGAUUGAUUUUCCACCAUAUCUGCAAAGUCUUACCUUAGAAGAAAGCUUUUAUAGCUAAAUUCAGAUAUGGUUUUCUCCUCUCUUCCAGUGAAUCAGUUCGAUUCACACAACUGGCAGCAGCAAGGAAACACACAACAGCUAGACCGUGUCACAUCUGACCAGAACCCUUUACAACAUUUCUCAUCACCACCGGCUGCUCAGGCUGGCUCGAGCCAAGCCAGGGUGAAUUCAAUGGUAGAACGUGCUCGGAUCGCGAAAAUCCCAUUGCCUGAAGCAGCUCUAAAGUGCCCUAGGUGUGAAUCCACCAAUACUAAGUUCUGUUACUUCAAUAACUACAACCUUACUCAGCCUCGCCAUUUUUGCAAGACAUGUCGCCGUUAUUGGACACGUGGCGGUGCACUGAGGAAUGUUCCUGUCGGAGGAGGCUUUAGGAGGAACAAGAGAAACAAACCCAACGGCGGUGGGAGAUCGAAAGCUACGGUCGCGGUUUCGGCUGAUAACAAUAAUACUACUUCAUUGCUUUCUUGUCACCCAAGUUACUCAAACCCUAGCAAGUUUCUUAGCUACGGCCAAAUGCCAGGGUUUAAUUCCAACUUGCCCAUAUUGCCUCCUUUCCAAAGCCUUGGAGAUUACAUUUCAAGUAACAUUGGAUUGGAUUGGAGUUCUAGUGGUGGAAUUGUGGAUCCAUGGAGAAUACCUUCAUUGCAACAAGCUCAGCAAUUCCCUUUCUUGAUCAACGCGAAAGGGUUGGAGCAACCUUCAACUGUGAUGUAUCCAUCACUAGAAGGCAAUGAAGGUGUUAGCUAUGCUAAUCCUCAAAAAGAGGGUAGUGAUUAUUCCAGUCAGCUAAGGUCUAAACCCUUGAUGGAUAUGGCUUCAAGUGGAGAUCAGACCGCACAAGCUAGAAAUGUGAAGGCCGAAGAGAAUGAUCAGGGUGGGAACGGACUGAAUAACUUCUCUAGAAACUUUUUGGGGAAUAUUAACAUAAAACCAGUGGAGGAGAAUGAUGGAUACACAUCUUGGGGAGGUAGUAGCAACAUUAGUAGUUCAUGGACUGGUUUCAGCUCCAACAACUCAACCGGCCAUCUCUCAUUCUAAGUAUGCAGCAAUUUUUCUUGAUGAUUAUUUUGUUGGUUGGGUUAUACAUGGAUCGCUUGUCAUGGGAGCUAUAUAUUACUGAGGACUGAGGAGAAAUCAGGCCAUGGAUAAAGGAGCUAUAUAUAUAUGAUCCAAAGGCUAAUUUUGGGGCUCAGGGGGGAGAUAUGGUUAUAGUAUUAUGUUUUCGGUCUUUUAGAAGAUAUUUAGAGUGUGAGUAUGUUUAUCAAAAUUGGUGUUAUUGGCUAUAUAAAUAGAAGUGUGGGUUCAGUAUUAAGGAGUUGUAGUGGAAACUUUUGUUUAUGUGUGUGAUUGAAUAAUCUAUCGAAUUCUCAAUUUCUUAUAAACCCUUUACGAGAUGUA